CUGUUUCUUUCCAUUGUUUCUUCGUGCUGCUUGUUUACAACUUCGCCUAACCUAUAAUUUUUCAAAAAACACAAUUUCUUGCUAUAAAAAUAGUAAAAUAGUAUAAAAUGAAAUAUAUCUCACAGAUAUUUCAACCCAUUAUCACUAUACCAAAGAAUGCGAAGAUAAAGAACACGGAAAUCACUUGCAAAAGUCAAAAGUUGCUUUUAGAAUGCGGUUUGGUUCGGCCAUCUAGCUCAGGUUUCUUCACACUGCUGCCUCUGGCCAGGCGGUCGUUGGACAAGCUCGAGGCUAUGGCGCGGAGAUGCGUGGAGUCUGUGGGGGCACAGAGGGUGUCGCUGCCGACGUUGACGUCUGUGGACCUCUGGGAGACGACCGGCCGGCUGGGAAGCAAAACUGAGUUGCUGUCAUUAGAAGAUCGACAUGGGAAACCGUAUAUACUCUCUCCUACUCACGAAGAAGCUGUGGCAGACUUGUUGGCGGACGUUGGCCCUAUCUCGUACAAACAGCUGCCUCUCUUGAUUUACCAGAUAAGUAGCAAAUUCCGCGACGAGCAGCGGCCGAAGCACGGCGUGCUGCGCGCGCGCGAGUUCCGGAUGCUGGACGCGUACGGCGCGCACGCCGGCGCGCGCUGCGCGAGCGAGACCUACCGCCGAGCGAGACGGGCGUAUCGCGAUCUGUUCCGCCAGCUGGCGCUCGACGUUCACGCGGUGGAGGCCCCUGCCGGUGAGAUAGGUGGUUCUCUGUCGCACGAGUGGCAACUGCCCGCCGCGGCCGGGGAGGACAGGCUGGCCGUCUGCCAGAGCUGCCGUCACGCCUCGCUGGAGCUGACGUCAUGCCCGAAGUGUGGCGGCGAGACGGACACACACAACAGCAUCGAGGUGGGGCACACGUUCGUGCUGGGCACGCGCUACAGCGCGCCGCUGCGCGCGCUCGUGGCGCCCCCCGCGGGGCCCCCGCUCCCCCUCCACAUGUCCUGCUACGGGCUCGGGAUCACCAGACUACUAGCGGCCAGUUUGGAGGUGAUGUCGACUGAAAGGUGUCUCCGCUGGCCGCGCGACAUUGCGCCCUACAGCGUCCUGGUUAUUGGCCCUAAGGAGGGCUCUAGAGAAUGGUCAAACUUUGGUCCGGACGCAAUCAGUGCGUUCUGCAAGCGGGUGUCGGCGGUUGGGGGGGGGGCGCUGGCCGGGGACGUGGUCGUGGACGACAGGGGGCGCCUCACCGUCGGCAGGCGGGUCGUGAUGGCCGACAAAAUGGGCUACCCGUACAUAAUAGUGUGCGGUCGUUCAACCCUCGAUAACCCGCCCAAAUUCGAAGUGUACCGCUGCGCUGCGAACCAAGAGGCGGAGCCGACACUACUCACUGUGGAAGAGUUACUGCGCGAGUUGGCGGCCAAUUAUUCUAAUACAAUUAAGAAUGUAAUUGAAAAUAAAUAUGAAGAAUAAUGUUUA